ACAACACAGGAACAAAAAGAAUAAAAAAUAAAAAAAACUCAGAAACCUUAAUAUCUUGUCGCUCCUUACACACACACAAACACAGAUUCAGAGAAUCGAAUUGAAUCCGUUUCGUAACGUAUCAUGUCUCAUCAUCGUCAUCGUCAUCACCAUCACCAUCACCAUUCCUCCAAUCCCUUCGCGUCUUCCACUCACUCCGAUUCCGAUUCCGACUCAGUGAGUUGCUUCGUCACCGAUCUCUUCGAAUCUCGCUCGCGCCUCUGCUCCUGCGACGACACCGACAUAAACCCCUUCUCCGGCGCCGUCUGCGACCUCCAUCGCACGGACCAGGUGUUAGGGUUAGGGUUAGGGUUUGGCGUCGAAGUCCACGCCCCGAGCCAGAACGACGAUGGCAAUCGCGAUAGCGUUUUCAAUUUCGAUGGUUCGGACGGGCUUAGGGUUGUAGGGUUUGGUUCGGAUUCGGAUUCGAGUAGCGAGGAGGGUGGGGAUAGGGUUGGUGGCGGGUUUGAUGAUUUCGAUGUUCGGUUGUGUUGGGAUAGUCUCUGUUUGGAGGAUCAGAGGACGCUGAAUGAGAGCUUUGAAUGGGAGGAGGUGGAGGAGAGGGUGAGUGAGAGAGAGGAUUUGGGUUUGGUGGUUGAUGAGGUUGAAAUUGAAGGUGGUGAUGAUGGGAAUUCGGUGGCGUCAGGGUUUACAAACGCCGCCGAGGAGGAGGAGGAGGAGGAGGAGGAGGAGGACGCCGGGGAAGAGGCGCUGAGGUAUCUUGAAUGGGAAAUUCUCUUGGCGGUUAACAAUUCAGAGAGGAAUGUUAAUAAUGCUGGUGGGUUGGAGCAUGAGGGAAGUGUUGGUGGUGCUGAUUUGGUAACAAUUCAGGAUGGUUAUGUGUAUGCGGCGGAGUAUGAUGUUUUGUUUGGGCAGUUUCUUGAGAAUGAGAAUGCUUUGAAGGGAAGCCCUCCUGCGGCGAAGAGCGUUGUGGAGAGCCUCCCGUUGGUGGAGCUGUCCAAGGAGGAGUUGGAGGGGAAGAGUGUGGCGUGUGCCAUUUGCAAGGAUGAGAUUUUGUUGGAGGAGAAGGUCAGGAGGUUGCCCUGCUCUCAUUGUUAUCAUGGGGAUUGCAUUUUUCCGUGGUUGAGCAUUCGCAACACCUGCCCGGUUUGUCGGUUUGAGCUGCCCACCGAUGAUCCGGACUAUGAGCAGAGGAAGGUCCACAGGGCUGCUCAUGGUCUGUUGGAGCUUGCGGCGGCACAGAUGCAAUUUUGACUUGUUGUUGCUUCAGGUCGUUCGCUCGGUCUUGUGUAAAUAUCAGUUUGCUUUGUCUCGUGUCCAACUGAUGAUGAGAACAAAUCUUUUGUAAGUAGUUUUUGUGUUGUGGUGGUUUUGGAAUAAGUUACAUACCAUACUGCAUGCUCUGGAUAUACCCAAAAUGAAUGCCUGUCAAUACUCAGUUUAUAUAUAUGAAAAAUUGAAGUGUACCACAAGAAGUAUCAUGUUAAUGGUUUACUGUUUCUUUUAACGAACUUGUGUUAUAAUUUUUUUUAUUUAUGCAGCUCUGUGUUCAGAAUCAUGAUGUAUAAAGUGCUGGCUAUUUGUAUAUGUAUGGUUUAAUUUACGUUAUGCUAAUCCUUUCGCAAUAGAGUUGCAUUCUAAGGAAAAGGAAAAAACACUUGUAUUAUUACUCCUUAGCUUAAUGUUAUUGUAAAUGAAAGAUCUUAUUCCA